CUCACUCCGGCUCCUGACGCCGACGCGCGGUCACGGGACGUGGUGGUGGUGGUGGCGGUGUAGCGAUGCACGAGGUGGGUUAUAAAGCCGCUUAACAUGCGACUCGAACGCACGACUCCGACUCUCCGAGAGCGGCUCCGCAUUUCGUAGCGGCUCUCUGCAUCGCCACCGUAAAUUCGUUUGGGUGCCCCCGCUGCGUCAGCUCGGGCGCGUAAAUCACACUGCGUUGUCGAGAGCUACAUUUUUACGCAAUUCCCUCGCCGGCGUCUCAGCCAUGAGGGCGCUACCACGUCUAUCUCGCGGGCAAGCGCUCGUCCUCGCGCUAAUCUACUUGGAGCCCCUCUUGAUCCACCCUCUCGGCGCGGGUCCGCUCUCCCCGGGGCCGCGGAGCCUCGGCGCUCCGGACGUCACUCGGUUCGGAGCCGCCGCGGGUCUCGGCUCCCGAGGCCACGCGGCGCCUAGCCCAGCCUCCCUGCAGGAGACGACGUCGCCCGGCGCCUACGAGGGCGAGCCCGACCGCCGGAUGCAGCGGGGUUGCGAAGACGCGACGGGGCGCGUUUACCGGCUCGGAGAGCGCUUCUUCCCGGGGCACGCGUCGUGCCCGUGCGUGUGCGCCGAGGACGGGCCCGUGUGCGCGCCCCCCGACUGCCCGCGCCUGCACCCCAAGUGCGUGCGCGUCGAGUCGGACGGUUGCUGCCAGCAGUGCAAGCAGAUGCGCAGCGGCUGCGAGUUCAAGGGCGCCAAGUACGGGUCGCUGCAGGAGUUCAAGCUGUCCCCGUGCGAGCGGUGCCGCUGCGAGGCAGACGGGGAGGUGACGUGCGUGGUCUCGGACUGCCCGCUGCCCGAGUGCGUGGACCCCGUCUAUGAGCCCAAGCAGUGCUGUCCCGUCUGCAAACACGGACCAAACUGCCUGGCCGGCUCGAACGUCAUCCCCGCGGGUCGAGAGGUCAAACUGGACGAAUGCACCACCUGCAACUGCAACUUCGACGGCGACUGGUACAAUACGGACCGCCAAGCCACCUGCAUCCAUGACUGCUGACGAGCGUUGCUGGGUGGUUCGGCGGUGGGUGCAAGGGGUGGUCAUCAUUUCCUCCCGUGUGGAUGGACUCCACGUCCGUCCCAGAGCCGUCGCUAGACAUUUCGGUAGCUGCGGCACCAGCACCGCCACAGCCGCAAAAAAAAGUGUUGAGCCACCAAGCCGCCGCUGCUCGCUUCGCUCUCCGACGAUUCGGCUACGCAAACAUGCGGCGCCAGCCCCCCCCCCGCACGCCCCACUCCAGAAGGCCACCCCACCCGUCUCCCUCCCUCC